CUCUGUCCCACCCCUCCACCCCCUCCGAGCUCCUCUCCGGUGCGCUCCCUGUCUGGUCUCCCAGACGACAGCCGCCUCGCCUCUCGCGCCCCUCGCACCCCGCGACCGUCUGUCCCAUCGCUGUUUGAUACGCUCGCUUCGCUCAGCAUGUGGCAACCGGCUGCGUCGCCUGCCGCCAGCGACACACACGCCCGAGAGGCAGGCAGCUACGGCCACUACACCUCAGUGCCCCUGAGUUCUCCAGCGUCGGUCAUCCCCCCCAUGAGCAGUGGCGGAGGUGUGGGCCACCCGUCGGUCAUCAGCUCGUCGCGGCCGCUGGCCUCUCCCAUGAGCACGCUGGGCUCGCCCAUGAACGGCCUGGCCUCACCAUACUCCGUCAUCACCUCCUCGCUCGGAUCGCCAUCCGUCUCACUGCCCUCCACGCCAGGCAUGGGUUUCAGCUCGCUGCACAGCCCACAGAUGAACUCUCUGAACAACGUGAGCAGCUCUGAAGACAUUAAGCCUCCUCCAGGUCUGUCACUGGGGAACAUCAACUACCAGUGCACCAGCCCCGGCUCACUCUCCAAACACAUCUGUGCCAUCUGUGGAGACCGCUCCUCAGGGAAGCAUUAUGGGGUGUAUAGCUGUGAAGGCUGCAAGGGCUUCUUCAAGAGAACCAUCCGGAAGGACCUCACCUACACAUGUCGGGACAGCAAGGAGUGUCUGAUCGACAAGCGCCAGCGUAACCGCUGCCAGUACUGCCGCUACCAGAAGUGUCUGGCCAUGGGCAUGAAGAGAGAAGGUGUGUCUGUACAGGAGGAGAGGCAGCGAGGCAAGGAGAAGAGCGACAACGAGGUGGAGUCCACCAGCAGCUUCAACGAGGACAUGCCCGUGGACAAGAUCCUCGACGCCGAGCUCGCCGUGGAGCCCAAGACAGACACCACCUACGUGGAGGGAGGGUCCAGCAACUCGACAAACGACCCUGUGACUAACAUCUGCCAGGCGGCAGAUAAGCAGCUGUUUACUCUGGUGGAGUGGGCCAAACGCAUCCCACAUUUCUCCGACCUCCCGUUGGACGACCAGGUCAUCCUUCUCCGUGCAGGAUGGAACGAGCUCCUGAUCGCCUCCUUCUCUCAUCGCUCGGUGACGGUGAAGGACGGGAUCCUGCUGGCCACUGGGCUGCACGUGCACAGAAGCAGCGCUCACAGUGCGGGCGUGGGCUCCAUCUUUGACAGGGUAUUAACUGAGCUGGUGUCCAAAAUGAAGGACAUGCAGAUGGACAAGACCGAGCUGGGCUGCCUAAGGGCUAUUGUCCUUUUCAAUCCUGAUGCCAAAGGCCUGUCCAACCCUCAGGAGGUGGAGGCUCUAAGGGAGAAGGUCUACGCCUCGCUGGAGUCGUACACCAAACAUAAAUAUCCAGAUCAACCUGGCAGAUUUGCCAAGCUGCUGCUGCGCCUGCCCGCCCUACGCUCCAUCGGCCUCAAGUGUCUGGAACACCUGUUCUUCUUCAAGCUCAUCGGGGACACGCCCAUUGACACAUUCCUCAUGGAGAUGUUGGAGACGCCCCACCAAAUCACAUGACCCCAAGCCUCC